UACAAGUACAAGGAAGGUUAUCGCAAGCAGCUUGGCCACCACAUUGGGGCGCGGAACAUCGAGGACGACCCCAAGAUGGUGUGGUCGAUGCACGUGGCCAAGAUCCAGAGUGACAGGGAGUACAAGAAGGGCUUUGAGAAGACCAAGACACGCUUCAGUAGCCCAGUGGACAUGCUGGGCAUUGUGUUGGCCAAGAAAUGUCAAGGGUUGGUCAGUGAUGCUGAUUACCGUCACUAUCUGCACGAGUGGACUUGUCUGCCCGACCAGAACGACGUGAUCCAUGCUAAGCAAGCCUAUGACCUGCAGAGUGAUAACUGCUACAAGUCUGACCUGGAAUGGCUGAGGGGCGUUGGUUGGGUCCCCAUCGGUUCCUUGGAAGUUGAAAAGGCCAAGAAGGCAGGAGAGAUCCUGAGUGACAAAAUAUACCGUCAGCCUCCAGACAAAAUCAAGUUCACCAGCAUCCCUGAUUCCCUCCCCAUGGUGUUGGCCAAGCAGAAUGCAGACACCAUGAAUAAGCGUUUGUACACUGAGGCCUGGGAUAAAGACAAGACACAGGUCCACAUUAUGCCUGACACACCUGAAAUCACCCUGGCAAGAGAGAACAAGAAGAACUAUAGCUUGAAACACUACAGAGAAGGCCUGGAAGAGGCAAAGAAGAAAGGCUAUGAUUUGAGAGUCGAUGCCAUCCCCAUUCAAGCUGCCAAAGCAUCCAGGCAAAUUGCCAGUGACUACAAGUACAAGGAAGGUUAUCGCAAGCAGCUUGGCCACCACAUUGGGGCCAGAAACAUCGAGGACGACCCCAAGAUGGUGUGGUCGAUGCACGUAGCCAAGAUCCAGAGUGACAGGGAGUACAAGAAGGACUUUGAGAAGACCAAGACACGCUUCAGUUCAGUAGCCCACAUGCUGGAAAUCGUGUUGGCCAAGAAAUGUCAAGGGUUGGUCAGCGAUGUCGACUACCGGCACAUCCUGCACCAGUGGAUCUGUCUGCCCGACCAGAACGACGUGAUCCAUGCCAGACAAGCCUAUGACCUGCAGAGUGAUCACUGCUACAAGUCUGACCUGGAAUGGCUGAGGGGCGUUGGUUGGGUCCCUAUUGGUUCCUUGGAAGUUGAGAAAGCCAAGAAGGCAGGAGAGAUCCUGAGUGACAAAAUAUAUCGCCAGCGUCCAGACACCAUCAAGUUCACCAGCGUCACAGAUUCCCUGGAGAUGGUGUUGGCUAAGCAGAAUGCAGACACUAUGAAUAAGCGUUUGUACACAGAUGCAUGGAAUAAAGACAAGACCACGAUCCAUGUCAUGCCUGACACACCAGAGAUUCUGCUGGCCAAACAGAACAGGCUGAACUACAGUCAGAAAAUGUACAGACUGGCCCUGGAGGAGUCGAAGAAGAAGGGCUAUGAUCUGCGUUUUGAUGCCAUUCCCAUCCAAUCUGCCAAAGCCUCCAGAGACAUUGCCAGUGAUUACAAGUACAAGGAAGGUUAUCGCAAGCAGCUUGGCCACCACAUUGGGGCCAGAAACAUCGAGGACGACCCCAAGAUGGUGUGGUCGAUGCACGUGGCCAAGAUCCAGAGUGACAGGGAGUACAAGAAGGACUUUGAGAAGACCAAGACACGCUUCAGUAGCCCAGUGGACAUGCUGGGCAUUGUGUUGGCCAAGAAAUGCCAAGGGUUGGUCAGCGAUGUUGACUACCGGCACAUCCUGCACCAGUGGAUCUGUCUGCCCGACCAGAACGACGUGAUCCAUGCCAGACAAGCCUAUGACCUGCAGAGUGAUCACUGCUACAAGUCUGACCUGGAAUGGCUGAGGGGCGUUGGUUGGGUCCCUAUUGGUUCCUUGGAAGUUGAGAAAGCCAAGAAGGCAGGAGAGAUCCUGAGUGACAAAAUAUAUCGCCAGCGUCCAGACACCAUCAAGUUCACCAGCGUCACAGAUUCCCUGGAGAUGGUGUUGGCUAAGCAGAAUGCAGACACCAUGAAUAAGCGUUUGUACACGGACGCAUGGAAUAAAGACAAGACCACGAUCCAUGUCAUGCCUGACACACCAGAGAUUCUGCUGGCCAAACAGAACAGGCUGAACUACAGUCAGAAAAUGUACAGACUGGCCCUGGAGGAGUCGAAGAAGGAAGGUUACGACCUGCGUUAUGAUGCCAUUCCCAUCCAAUCUGCCAAAGCCUCCAGAGAGAUUGCCAGUGAUUACAAGUACAAGGAAGGUUAUCGCAAGCAGCUUGGCCACCACAUUGGGGCCAGAAACAUCGAGGACGACCCCAAGAUGGUGUGGUCGAUGCACGUGGCCAAGAUCCAGAGUGACAGGGAGUACAAGAAGGACUUUGAGAAGACCAAGACACGCUUCAGUAGCCCAGUGGACAUGCUGGGCAUUGUGUUGGCCAAGAAAUGCCAAGGGUUGGUCAGCGAUGUUGACUACCGGCACAUCCUGCACCAGUGGAUCUGUCUGCCCGACCAGAACGACGUGAUCUAUGCCAGUGAUGCUGUUUACAAAUCAGACCUGGAAUGGCUGCGAGGUGUUGGAUGGGUUCCCAUUGGUUCCUUGGAAGUUGAGAAAGUCAAGAAGGCUGGAGAAAUUCUCAGUGACAGGAAAUAUCGUCAACCCGCGGACAAAAUCAAAUUCACCAGUGUGACAGAUUCUUUGGCCAUGGUCUUAGCCAAGCAAAAUGCUGACAUCAUGAACAAGCGUUUGUACACAGAAGCUUGGGAUGCAGACAAAACAUCCAUCCAUGUCAUGCCUGACACCCCAGAAAUUCUGUUAGCCAAGGCCAACUCAGCUAAUGUCAGCAAGAAACUUUAUAUACAAGCCUGGGAAGAUGCCAAGAAGAAGGGUUUUGACCUGAGAGCUGAUGCAAUUCCAAUCCGAAGUGCAAAGGCGUCAAGAGAUAUUGCAAGUGAU